AUGCCGAACAUCAAGUCCGCCGUCGUCCUGAGCCUCCUCCCGGAGCUGCUUGCCGCUCGUAGCAUCUCCCUCGCCCAGCGCAGCGUCGACUGUACCUUCGACAUCGCCGCAAGCUCGGGCGAUAGCUGCGAGAGCUUUGCCUCUGGAUGGGGUCUCUCCGUUGAUGACCUCAAGUCUCUGAACCCCGGCCUGGACUGCGAUAACUUUGACGAUUUCGCCAACUACUGUGUCAUUGGCGAUGUCACGGCCGAUGAGCCCAGUACCACUUCUACCACCACUUCUACCACUACAAGCACGACUACUACGACGCAGGCUCUCACAACAGCAACCACUACCACUGCCUUCGUUACUACCACCAAGGAGCCCGCUGUCACUACUACCUCGGCCACCAGUGACGCUCCCUCCCCAACCCAGCCCGGCCUGGCCUCAAACUGCGACAAGUUCCACAAGGUUGCAUCUGGCGACCAGUGCGACACCAUCGAAGCCAAGUACGGCAUUACCAAUGACCAGUUCUCUUCCUGGAACCCUUACAUUGAUGACAACUGCUCGAACCUCUGGCUAGACUACUACGUCUGCGUGCACACCCCCGUCGCCACAACCACAACCAGCACCAGCACCUCCUCAUCCGCCCCAUCCCAAACAUCUGCCGCGCCCUCAACCGGCUCCGACACCAACACCGCCCCCUCCCCCACCCAAUCCGGCAUCGACGCCAGCUGCGACCAAUACCACAAGGUCGUGUCCGGCGACCAAUGCGACACAAUUGAGUCGGCGUACGGCAUCAGCCACGCCGACUUUUCCGCGUGGAACCCCGCUAUUGACUCCAAAUGCUCCAACCUCUGGCUCGACUACUACGUCUGCGUGCACGUUGCGCCCAAGCCGCAGAUGCCGGAUAUCACGGCCGACUGCAAGAAGUACCACAAGGUGCAGUCGGGCGAGGGGUGCUGGGCUAUUGACUCGGAUAACGGCAUUACGCUUGAGCAGUUCCGCGAGUGGAAUCCGACUAUCGAUGCGUCGUGCAGUAACCUCUGGGUUGAUUACUAUGUUUGCGUUGGUGUCUAA